CGAUACGAUAAUAGAAACCAUUAGAGCUUCAAUUCACUAGAGAUCCACCCCUAAGAAAGGGCUUAUUCCCAACUACGAAUUAUAAACCGGAGCUUGGCUCUUCUACUCAAGAAGCAAUGGAAAGAAAUAGCUCUCACUUGUCGUGGGGGUAUCAUUAUCUUCCAGGCUCACCGCUUCUACUCAGUCAAAGACCCAACUCACUCUACCAAGACGAAAGAGAAAAGAACUUGGUUUCUAAAUAUCCRUGCACAGUAAUGGCUUCGGACAGACCUGCAGGCAAUUAUAUUGCACCUUGCUAUUGGCCUUCACACUAUUCUGGGCCGUACGGAGUCAGACCGCAGACUGCAGACAACUCUACAGCAGGCAAACACUGUGAAUGUUCUGCGUGUACCACAACCUCUCCACAGCCUUUUAAGCCGACGUAUUCUACUGACCCUCGCAAAAGUCAUAGCCCCGUUCAAAUGCCCCUUUAUCCAUCUAAAGAUAUUUCCACAAGUGAUGGAAAUGCUGUACAGACUUACGCAACGCCAGUGGYUUCAUCUGGUCUGUGCUUGCCAAGUGAUUGCGUUGAUAGUAUCGGAUCAAGACCCCAAGAUACGGGACCAAGGCGAGGAAGGACAGUGUUCACCGCACAACAGCUACAAGUCCUCGAGAGGGUCUUUGCUACGACACAAUACAUCGUCGGCUCACAAAGAAAAUUCCUGGCAAAUCAGUUAAGGCUCAGCGAGACUCAAGUCCGCGUUUGGUUUCAAAAUCGAAGAAUAAAAUGGCGCAAACAAAUGCUUACUCGUUCUAUCAAUGGAUAGCUAAUCGAAUCAAUGAUCGACAGAAACACUAUCCCUUUUAGAAGUGCUACUUGUCUAAUUCUAAAGUUCUUUUUAGGAAAUUUGUCGUCUCCCUUUCUAUUUUUUUUAACAUUUGUAAAGUCUUAGAUAAGGUGGCGUUAAUUGUAUAUUUUCUUUGAUAAGCACUGUUAUCAAUGAUCAACAAGUGUAAUUAAUUAUAUUAUUGUAAACAGUUUGAUCACUAUCUAUAUAUAUCACAAUUUUCAAUUAAAGGUUUGAUCACGAAGAUAAAGUGAUUGCAAACUCACCUGAAAUCAGUAAAAUGAUUUAAUUUAAUGUAAUAAGGCAUUUUAAYCAUCAUAAAGCUUUCAAAGAGCGUAUCGAACAAACCUUUAUCUUGGUUCUCAGUGUGGUAUUAUAAAAAGUUGUCCACUUAUCACUAUAUGAAUAUUCAGCGUUUUUUGAAGAUCUGUUGUCUCCAAUAAAGGACA